GUUUUUGUUGUCUGCUGUCUUAGUACUUUUGGCGGGUUCUGUAUUCGAUUAGAGAAAGAAUGGAGGCUGUUCGUUAUGAACGCAAAGAACUGGACUAUGAGGACUUGUCAAGUACGUUUAAGUUGGUCAAUCGUGAUUUCAAUAGGCAAUAUGCCGGUAUAUAUGCCGUCAGGCUUACGAAAUUUCGAACUUUACUUGAGGAACGCGUUGAAAAGAAAUGGGGUAAGCAAUAUCCCAUCAAGAAGCUUGUUGACCUAGUUCCCAAUGAAAAGGUUUUUGUGUUUGGGACCAUCUAUAAACAGCAAGAACUAAAACCAAGUAUUUUAAGAGAAGUCAGUGAUGAGCAUCAAGUAUUACCACUACCUCCCAAAGCAAGAUAUGUUUCAGGAACUGAUAUUCUAAUAUUGGAAGAUGAAUUGCAACGCAUUUUGCUUGUUGGCAACACAAAUGUAGGGGAAUUUGUCACUGGGGUUGUUAUUGCAUUGCUUGGCCAUGAAGAUGAUUCAGGAAAGUUUAUUGUUGAGGAUAUCUGUCCUGCUGACAUGCCUGUGGUAGUGAACUCCCCCAAAAUUGACUUCAGCACACCUAGAUUCAUUGCCUUAAUAUCUGGCUUAGAUUUAGGAAGUGGUAAUGACUCAUAUUUACUGAUGCAAGAAAUGAUUUUCACAUUGAUGGGGAAAACUGGGACUCCGGAAGUUCAAGAAAUAAUGUCUAAAGUUUCAAGAUUAAUCAUUGCAGGGAACUCGUUAAGUUCUGCAACUCAAGAUCGCCAUAUUUUGGACAAAGCAAAAUAUCUGAUGCGCAAUAAUAUGGUAGCUAGCAUUGAAGCUGUUCAACAGUUGGAUGACAUCAUUUUCCAAUUAGCAAGUUCCAUAACCGUGGAUGUAAUGCCCGGAGCCCAUGAUCCAGCUAAUUUUGUCCUUCCUCAACAGCCAUUACACCACUGUCUGCUUCCGCAAAGUUAUCAGUUAUCUACAUUCCAUGCAGUUAGCAAUCCAUAUAAUUGCCGAAUUGGAGGUCGCAUAGUCAUGGGAAACUCUGGGCAACCUGUUUUGGAUAUCCUGAUGAACUCUUCUCUAGAGCAUCCGUUAGACGCCAUGGAAAAAACUUUAGAAUGGAGACACAUGUGUCCGACUGCCCCAGAUACUUUAGGUUGUUAUCCAUACGAUGACGACGAUCCUUUCAUUUUUAACACUUGUCCUGAUAUUUAUUUCGCUGGAAAUCAGGAAUCAUUUGGUGAUCGUUUGUGGAAAAGCGCUGAUGGUCACCCUGUCCGGCUUAUUUCAUUGCCAAGGUUUUCAGAAUCGGGAACCAUUGUAAUUGUUGACGCGAAUACUUUGGAAUGCUUCACGCUGAGUUUUGGAACCGAUGAAGAUUCUGGCGUCGAUCAUUGAAGGAUUAGCUUUCAAUACUAGUUAACUAAGCAUUAUUCAAGAUUUUCAUGUUUAUGCAGAUCACGUUUUUGAAUGAUUGGCAAUUCUUUCGGAGUAAAAAUAAACUUG